AUUCAUAUCCAUACAAAUACAACCAACCAAUCAAAUUUCAGUUGUUGUUUUUUCCCACCAAUUAUGGCAAUUUCUCUUAUGGCUUCUCUCACCUCUCCCCUUCCUCCAUCUUCUCCCCUCUCUUCUGACAAAACCCAUAGAAAUCCUAACCUCGUUGCUUCAAAUUCUCCAUCUUGCUCUGUUCAACUCCCCUUCGACUCGAAGCCCAAGAGCCCAAUUGAGCUCUCUAACCCAUUAGCUGUCCCGAAAUGGAGGACAAAGGUCUCAUUCUUUCCUUCAUUCCUCAAGAAGAAAGGGAAGAGCAAGGAUGAAAUCAAGCAGGAGCUUUUCGAGGCAAUUGCGCCUCUCGAUCGAGGAGCCGAGGCAACCAUUGAGGACCAAGAAAGAAUUGAGCAGAUUGUGCGUGAACUAGAAGCUGCCAAUUCGAUCAAGGAACCGCUGAAAUCAGAUUUGCUCAAUGGAAAAUGGGAGCUUAUAUAUACAACUUCUAGCUCAAUUUUGCAGAGCAAGAGACCGAAAAUUUUGCGACCCAGUGGAAAGAUAUAUCAGGCCAUCAAUGCUGAUACUUUAAGAGCUCAAAAUAUGGAAACUUGGCCUUAUUUUAAUCAGGUAACAGCUGAUCUCACCCCUCUCAAUCCAAGAAAGGUGGCUGUCAAGUUCGAUACCUUCAAAAUUCUUGGUCUGAUACCUAUAAAGGCACCUGAUACCGCUCGUGGUGAAUUGGAAAUCACUUACUUAGACGAGGAGAUCCGGAUUUCAAGGGGAGACAAGGGAAACUUGUUCAUACUGAAGAUGGCUGAUCCGUCAUACAGGGUUCCAUUAUGAAAUAUUCCAUUAUAUUAUCCUGAAAUCAGCAUGCAUUAACCUUGGGAAAUGACUGCAAAAUCGAUUUAAUUCAUUUUGCAUGAAUUCUGUUGUUCAGCAAUUGUAAUGAACUCCAGAAGCUGGCAAGUGAUGGAAUGAAAUUUGCGUACAUAUAUUACCCAUUUGAGGG